GUCAACGGCGGGUCCGGGAUCGGGAUCGGGAUCGGGAUCGGGAUCGGGAUCGGGAUCAGGAGGGGGUCCUCGCCCCCUUGGACGGGGAGCCGGAGACGGAUUAUUCUCUGCGGGGCAACACCAACAAUUUCCAUUCAACCUGUGGUGAGAGGUUUAUUGGAAGAAAAACCCCAACUGGAAGCAAACCAUGGCUAAAGAUGUGGGAAUAGCAACAAGUGAACUGGCCCAAGGACUGAGAGCAUCAACUGGAGAGAACAACACUGAAUCAGCUGACUUGGAGUUCCCAGUGAGUCAGUGAGGAGGAAGUUUGUUAGACCUGCGGUGAGAGGUUUCUUGGAAGAAAAACUCCAACUAGAAGCAAACCACGGCUAAGACAAGGGAACAGCAACAAGUGAACCAGCCCGAGGACUGAGAGCACCGACUGGAGAGGACCCAUCUGACUCAGGGUUUCCAUUGAUUCAGUCAGGAGAAAGUCUGCUCCACCUCAGUCAAGCACUUAAAACGACACUCACUGUAAGUGAAUCUGGGGUCUCUAAACACAAUGCACCUCUAAAGUCUGACAGCAGAGUAGCGAGUGAAUCUUCGAUGGUGCAGAGUCAAAAACCAAAAGUUACUCCAGAGAGAGAUGGGGUCCAGUGUUUACGAGGAGGAGGAGGAGGAAUCAGGAGGAACCAGCAGGAUGUGACUACAAAAGAAAGGAUAAAAAAUGAGAAGAAAUUUGUCUCCAGGAAUCUCAAACACGACACGCCAGUUUUGCUGUCUCUGUCCAGAUAUUUAAGAAGUGGAGCAAGGUAUUCAAUCAACCGUCCUUCCAGCUCAGACUGUGGAGAGGGAUUCACUUGGUCAUUUGAACAUCUAGCAAGCCCGUCAUUUUACAGAGGAGAAAGGCCUUUCACCUGCUCAGACAGUGGGAAUGGAUUCACUCCGUUAUCACAAUUGAAGGUAUAUCAGCAAGUUCACACUGGGCAAGGCCAUUCACCUGUUCUGUGUGUGAGAAAGGAUUCUGUCUGGCAACCCACCUGUGGACACACCAGUCAGAUCACACUGAGCAGAGUCUGGUCAUCUACUGAAUUUCAGGGAAGUGAUUCUCUCGGUCAUCUGACCUAAUGGCACACCAGCGUGUUCACACCAGGGCACGGCCAUUCACCUGCACAGUCUGCGGGAAGGGUUUCACUGCAUCAUGCAACCUACAGAGACAUCAGCGAGUUCACACUGGGGAGAAGCCAUUCACCUGCUCAGACUGUGGGAAGAGAUUCACUCAGUCAUCCAACCUACAGAGUCAUCAGCAAGUUCACACUGGGGAGAAGCCGUUCACCUGCUCAGACUGUGGGAAGAGUUUCACUCGGUCAUCCCGACUACUGGCACACCAGUCAGUUCAUACUGGGGAGAAGCCAUUCACCUGCUCAGUCUGUGGGAAGGGAUUCACUCAGUCAUCCCACCUACUGAGACAUCAGCGAGUUCACAACGGGGAGAGGCCAUUCACCUGCUCAGUCUGUAGGAAGGGAUUCACUGAUUCAUCCGCCCUACAGAGUCAUCAGCGAGUUCACACUGGGGAGAGGCCAUUCAUCUGUUCAGUCUGUGGGAAGGGAUUCACUCAUUCAUCCCAUGUACAGAAUCAUCAGCAAGUUCACACAAGGGAGAAGCCGUUCACCUGUUCAGAAUGUGGGAAGGGAUUCACUCAGUCAUCUGACCUGCAGAGACAUCAGAAAGUUCACACUGGGGAGAAGCUGUUCACCUGCUCACAAUGUGGGAAGGGAUUCACACUGUCAUCCUACCUACAGAGACAUCAACAAUUUCACACUGGGGAGAAGCCAUUUAUCUGCUCAGUCUGUGGGAAGGGAUUCACUGAGUCAUCCACACUACAGAGACAUCAGAGAGUUCACACUGGGGAGAAGCCGUUCACCUGCUCAGUCUGUGGGAAGAGAUUCACUGAUUCAUCCCACCUACAGAGUCAUCAGCGAGUUCACACUGGAGAGAAGCCAUUCACCUGCUCAGACUGUGGGAAGAGUUUCACUCGGUCAUCCCAACUACUGGCACACCAGUCAGUUCAUACUGGCGUGAAGCCAUACACCUGCUCAGUCUGUGGGAAGGGAUUCACUCUGUCAUCGACCUUACUGGUACAUCAGCGAGUGCACACAGGGGAGAAGCCGUUCACCUGCUCAGACUGUGGGAAGGGAUUCACUCAUUCAUCCAGCCUACAGAGUCAUCAGCGAGUUCACACUGGAGAGAAGCCGUUCACCUGCUCAGUCUGUGGGAAGAGAUUCACUCGGUCAUCCCACCUACAGAGACAUCAGCGAGUUCACACUGGAGAGAAGCCGUUCUUCUGCUCAGUCUGUGGGAGGGGAUUCACUCAGUCAUCCCACAUACAGAAUCAGCGAGUUCACACUGGGAAGAAGCUGUUCACCUGCUCAGACUGUGGGUAGAGUUUCACUCGGUCAUCCUAACUACUGGCACACCUGUCAGUUCACACUGGGGAGAAGCCGUUCAUCUGCUCAGAAUGCGGGAAGCGAUUCACUCAGUCCUCCCACCUACAGAAUCAUCAGCGAGUUCACGCUGGGGAAAAGCCAUUCACCUGCUUAGACUGUGGGAUAGGAUUCACUCAGUCAUCACAACUACUGGCACACCAGUCAGUUCACAGUGGGGACUGGCCGUUGUUAUGAAUCCCUGGGUUUCCUUUGCUGUGGACUCUCAUUUUAAGAGAGAGAGAUUAAGAAGAUGAAUCAGUCUGACUUGCAGCCUGUUUACAUCGCUCGCGCUUGUUUAGUUUUAACCGAGGACACAGACACUCAGAGUCAAAUGGAGACGAAGGAGGAAAAAUGGAAGGAUUGAAACCAGGGAACUAGUGACCAAGGGUCACUGUUUAAAAGUUUCCUAUGCCCACAAGGGUGGGUUAAUUAUCGAUUCAUGUACAUCAAAUGUGUGGAAGUCACAUUGUUUGAUCCAUAGGAGUGGAUCUGAUUUGGGAUAUCCUGUGGAGACCACUUAUGUGUUAACACUUGAAUGGCUGUGGUGUGGUAGUUCACUUGAAAACAUACCCCUUGUGACAAGUCACUUUCGGUGAUAAUCAGUAUGUGGAUUUGGAAUGAUGACGGAUAAAUUCUACAAUGACUGUUCUUUCGUUUUACCACCAUGGAACCUGAGGAAUGUACAUAUUUACAUAUCUACAUAUAUCUACAUAUUAUCUACAUAAUAUCGACAUUUUUGCCUUCUCUUGCCAUUUACCCUGGAUUACAAAUCUCUCUCUCUUAUCGCCUAUUCUGUAGUUGAACUGAACUUUCAUACUUUACCAUCUCAAGACUCCGAGCCUUGUUUCCUCCGAGUUCAAUAGUUUGGGAGUUACAUUUACACACAGUUAUAAACUUAACACUGUUAACUUCUGUUUAUCUUGUUUAAGUUGCAAUAUUACAAGUAGAUUCUAAUAAAGACAGAUUUAA